AACACGCCCUGAACUGCCACAGGAUGAAACCAGCCCUGUUCAGUGUCCUGUGUGAGAUCAAGGAGAAAACAGUGCUGAGUAUCCGCGGUAUCCAGGAGGAGGACCCGCCGGAUGCUCAGCUCAUGAGGCUCGAUAACAUGCUGCUGGCAGAGGGGGUGUCCGGGCCGGAGAAAAGAGGCCGAGGAGGAGGAGGAGGAGUUGGAGCGCUGGCGGGAGCAGCGGCAUCAGGUGGCUGUCCCAAUGACAAUAGCAUUGAGCACUCUGACUACAGGGCCAAGCUGUCCCAGAUCCGACAGAUUUACCACUCUGAGCUAGAGAAAUAUGAACAGGCCUGCAGCGAGUUCACCACGCACGUGAUGAACCUGCUGCGGGAGCAGAGCCGGACCAGGCCCAUCUCCCCCAAGGAGAUCGAGCGCAUGGUGAGCAUCAUCCACGGCAAGUUCAGCACCAUCCAGAUGCAGCUGAAGCAGAGCACCUGCGAGGCCGUCAUGAUCCUGCGCUCCCGCUUCCUGGACGCCAGGUACGGCCCGGGCCUGGGGGAGAGAGUGGGAAUUUUGUUUUUUUCCCCCCCAGCUUCCUCUGGCUCUUUUAAGAUGACCAGCUCUGGGGAUUCCUUUAUAAACCUGCAGUCACUGACCUCCUACCAGAGCUCUCCUGUGGGAGCCAAUGUGCAGUCCCAGAUGGAUUCCCUGCACCACGUCAUCCACCAGACGGGCAGGUACGACCCGCUCGUGGGGACCCCCCUGUACACGACGCAGCGCCUCGACGCCAACGGCAGCUGGCAGGACCCCACCACCCCCUCAUCCAUCACCUCACCUGCCGGAGACCCGGGCAGCGUCAACUCCGACGCCUCUAAUUAAGUUUUUAGGACCUACUGAUGAGAGGAGAGAGGUCAUUAGUGUAAUUAGUCAAUGUUGCUCUUUUGCCAAUAUAAUUGUUGACUCACAAUUAAUUAAUUACCUCAGAACAAACCAAUAGAUUGUGAUUGCAGCGACACCUCUACCUCUCACCGCCGAGUUCUUCACCCCAUCGGGACCUGAAAUUGUUUUAAAGCAACUUCAUUUCCCUCACCAAAUUCAGUUUUUUUUAAUAAAAAAACGUGGAUUUUACGGUAAGAACCUGAAAAAAAAGAAGUGUCUCUUGGAACUUGGCGUUUUGUCUCCAGCUUUACAGCUGAAGAAAAUCGAUUUAUUUUCAUUUCUGUCAGGUUUUUUACGCUGGGAUUUCCGUUCUAGGUGAAUAGUUACUGACAGUUAAACCCCCGUAUUGUAAUUGUAUGUUCUCUGUAUUGUAAUUUUGUAUAGGAAAUUCAGCUUUUCUUAACUGAUUUAGCGAAUUAAUCAGAACGUCGCUUUACCAAACCUCUCACUGGACGUCGCUCGUGGGUCGGACCUUCCAUCGGUGUCAUUUAACAUUGGAAAAUUUAAUGGCUUUACUUUUUCCGGUGAAAAAGUGGAAAAAAAAAAGAAAGAAAAAGCCCCCGACCACCACAAACCAGCCGAACCAUGGGAUUUCCCCCUGGAUACGAGGGGGGUUUGUGCAUUUGCUGUUAACAGUCCGCCCCUUUCAGCUGAGAUUUUAUCAAAGAU